CCCAGCUCUGGUUUCCCAAACAGGGCUGGAACACAUGAGAGCUUGCCUUGCUCCUGAGAUGUCCUUCAGGCUCUUCUUUUGGCUUUUGAGUCUCCUGUGUGCAAAAGACAUGGAGGCUACAGUCACCCAAAGCCCAAGAAACAAGAUGACAGUAACAGGAGGAAAAGUGAACUUGAGCUGUCACCAGACUAAUAACCAUAACUACAUGUACUGGUAUCGUCAGGACAUGGGGAAUGGACUCAGGCUGAUCCAUUACUCAUAUGGUGCUGGCAUAACUGAGAAAGGAGAUGUCUCUGAUGGCUACAAGGCUUCCAGACCAAGAACAGAGGACUUCUCCCUGGUGCUGGAGCUGGCUUCCCCCUCUCAGACAGCUGUGUACUUCUGUGCCAGCAGUGAUGCACAGAGAUGCAUGUCUGCCUGCCCUCUGCACAAAAAGCCAACCAGGAAAACAUUUGCCUGUGUGCCCAAGGAAGCCCCCAUUUCUACUCCAGGGCGGGAACUCAAGUUCCUCAUUCAACAUUUUGAAAAAAUGAUGAGAGAGAAAGGCAGCAUCCCCAACCGAUUCUCAGUGCAGCAGUUCAGUGACUAUCACUCUGAGAUGAACAUGAGUGCCUUGGAGCUGGAGGAUUCUGCUGUGUACUUCUGUGCCAGCUCACCACAGCCUUUCAUGGUUACUGGCUUUCUGUACCUUAAUCUUCCUGUUCCAGAUGUUGUUGUACUAGCAAGGGUUGGAAGAUGCCACAAAGCCUAA